CCGGAUGACGCAAGGGGGCGGGGCCGGGGCUGUGAAUGGGGUAAACAUGUCGCCGUCCGGUCUCUUGCGCGUGGAGCGGUGGCUGAGUCGAGCCAUGAGCCGCAGAGGUUUGGAGUCUGGGUGCCCCGGGAAGCGGUGGCUGUUUCCCUGGUGCGGCCGACAGGUGGCUGGCCUAGGGAACCCGGGACUGCCGGGCACGAGGCACAGCGUGGGCAUGGCGGUGCUGGGACAGCUGGCGCGGCGACUGGGAGUGGCGGACAGCUGGACGCGCGAUCGGCGCUGCGUCGCCGACCUUGCCCUGGCCCCGCUCGGGGAUGCCCAGUUGGUCCUGCUCCGCCCGCGGCGGCUCAUGAACGCCAACGGGCUCAGCGUGGCCCAGGCUGCCAAGCUGUUUGGACUGACUGCAGAGGAGGUAUACCUGGUCCACGAUGAACUGGACAAGCCCCUAGGGAAGCUGUCUCUGAAGCUGGGGGGCAGUGCCAGGGGCCACAAUGGAGUCCGAUCCUGCAUAAGCUGUCUCAACUCCAGUGCAAUGCCGAGGCUGCGGGUGGGCAUUGGGCGCCCGACACACCCAAGUGCGGUGCAGGACUAUGUCUUGGGUUGCUUCUCUCCCGAGGAACAGGAGCUCCUGCCUCCGUUGAUAGAUAGGGCCACCGACUUGCUCCUGGAACACAUCCGUGCCCGAAGCCAGGGGCCCUCUUCAGGCCCCUGACGCCAGUGGACCAUGGCUGUCUGUCUAACCACAGUGCCUACACACCCAGCCAUGACCACAGAACUGCCAAGCCCACCUGUGGUAUCCACGUUUUAUAUAACUCCUCCUUGGGCUGCCCCAGGCCACUUGCAGAUUCAAGAGGUGGCCAAAACAGUCCAUUUCUGGGAUAAGAAGGUUGGUCUUCUCUCCAUGUGCUGCUUGGGAUGCGGGAAUGUUUAACUAAGCUUUUUGAACCUUUUUAGAGAGGCCGGCGUGUGGAUCUGUAAGAUUAAAGAUGCCAGUGAAAUCUGGGGUCUCCUUGGGGGAGGGGGGAAGGAGAUCCAACCCUUCCAUGCUUAGGGAUAGGGAAACUGGGGUUCCAGCAAGCCCAUGAUGUAUGGGAAUGCCUUAGCAGCCCACAGGGGGCCCUGUGUAGCAUUCUUCCGUCCAUCCUGCAGAUGGGGAAGCUCAGAGAGGUCCCACCCCCACCCCUGAGGCCACCCCACUGUAGCCUAGUCGAACUACAUUAUGCACCCAGGGCCGGCUGCCAUCUUGCUGUCCCUGGGGCCCCUGGCACCUCAGAAGAGCUGCCUGUCUUGAAGGUCCCCAUGCGGGUGACAUGUGAGAGCAGCCUGAGGUCCUGGGGGUUGGGUGGGAUGUGGGACCGGCGAGGCACCAGGCCUAGGUCCCCUGGUUGGUAGGAGGUAAUGCCAGAGAGUUGCUGCAUCAGAGACGUCAUCUUGGGCGGCUGGAUGCUGGGACAGCUGUGGGGAGAAGCUGGGGUCAUGACAUCUGUCUCCUGGAAGGGGAGCCAGGGGCAUCUGAAAACAGCCCUCAAAUGAGUCCCAAAGAUGCCCUUUUGGGGGAGAGGGAGUGGCACUGGGGGUUGAAUCCUCACUUGAUAGACAAAUGCUCUACCACUUGAAGACUCCCCUAGUCCUCUCUCUCUCCCC